AUGACAAUGAAAUUCUCCAAAUUCAACCCCCAACAGUUGGAACAAUAUCUCGAGCGCAUCAACUACGCCGGCCAUGCAUCUGGCACGGGCACGGGAGAGCCCCGUCUCGAGAGUCUGAAGACUGCCGUCGAGCGAGACCCCCUUACAGCGCUAACUGAGCUGCAACGGCGGCAUCUCGGAGCCAUACCGUGGGGCAAUUCGGCCCUCCAUUACUCAACUCACCAUUCAAUCUCUGUGCAUCCUACCGCUGUCUUCGAAAAAUUGGUGCUCCGUGCUCAUGAUGGCUACUGCAUGGAGAAUACCAACCUCCUCUACGUGGUGCUUCGUUCCCUGGGCUAUCGAGUGUAUCCCACAGGAGGCCGGGUGAGUCGUGCGGUCGGGUCUGGAAACCAGUCCGAUGAAGGGUACAUCUCCUUCAAUCACAUGGUUCUGGUCGUGACUAUAGCCAGUCACAAAUAUAUGGUCGAUGUUGGGUUCGGCCGAAACAGUCCCACCAGCCCAUUGCCAUUGCAGGAGAAUAUCUUGGCGCCAUUGCUGGCGCCCAGCGAGAUGUCCUUGAUCAAAACAAGCCUGACCGAGUUCGUGGACGAAACGCAGAAGCUCUGGGUCUACAGGACCAGAAGCAAGCCUCAAAAGGGCUGGAUCCCCCAGUAUUGCUUCUCAGAGGUGGAAUUCCUGCCAGAGGACUUUGCGAUGAUGAACUACUUUACCAGUCAAAGUCGGACGCUCUGGUUUACACAUCAACUGGCGUGUACCCGUGUUCUGAUGGACGAAGACAAGGGGAUCAAGCCCGUUGGGAUCUAUAUUCUGUCCGGAACUGAAGUCAAGAGAGUGUCUGGGGGAGAGACCACGGUAGUGGCCACAAUAGCUGAGGAGACCGAUCGAGUCGAGGCGUUGGCAAGAUAUUUCGGUAUGCAUUUUCGACCACAUGAGAUUGAGGGCAUUCGCGGACUACCCUCCCAGAUAAGAACUAGCUAG